CUUUAAGCAUCAUUUAGACUGUUGAACUCUCAGAAUCAGUUUUCCUUCCAAAUUGCCCAGUUUCAGAUUUGUACCAGAGAAACCAGAGAAUCCUAUAUCAUUGGAAGCAGGCACAGGGCUAAUGGAAGAGACCUCAAAGCUAAUCCCAGAGCCAACAACAGCAGCAGCUGAUUUGGAAGUAGAUGGAGAAGAAGAUGAACAAGAUCCAGAAAGCCACUCUCUGCAUCAGCCACUGCUCAAAAGAACCCCAACACUCACCACCCAUCAUUUAGCCAUGGUUGGAGCAAAGAUCUCCCAUAUUGAGAGCUUAGACUAUGAGAUCAAUGAGAAUGAUCUAUUUAAGCAUGACUGGAGGAGCAGAUCCAGUGUUCAGGUACUGCAGUACAUCUUCUUGAAAUGGACCUUGGCGUUUCUCGUCGGGCUCCUGACUGGUGUCGUUGCUUCCCUCAUCAACCUGGCGAUCGAAAACAUUGCUGGCAUCAAGAUGCUACACGUGGCACGUCUUGUGAAUGAAAAAAGUUGAGGUCUCUUUUGGUGGUGGUGCAGGUAUGUAACUGGCUUUGCCUACUUCACAGGAGCAAAUUUUGCUCUAACCAUAGUGGCUGCAACUCUCUGCGUGGUGUUUGCUCCAACUGCAGCAGGGCCAGGAGUACCAGAGAUCAAAGCUUACCUCAAUGGAGUUGAUACUCCCAAUAUGUUUGGUGCAUCCACGUUGAUCGUCAAGAUCAUUGGAAGCAUUGGAGCCGUAUCUGCAGGUCUAGAUCUUGGAAAAGAAGGGCCACUGGUGCACAUCGGAGCCUGCCUCGCAUCCUUGCUAGGCCAAGUUGGAUCCGACAACUACUGGCUGAAGUGGAGAUGGCUUCAAUACUUCAACAACGACAGGGACCGCAGGGACCUCAUCACCUGCGGUGCAUCUUCCGGUGUCUGUGCUGCAUUCAGAGCACCAGUUGGGGGUGUUCUCUUCUCUCUCGAAGAGGUUGCAUCCUGGUGGAGGAGUGCUCUUCUAUGGAGAACAUUUUUCAGCACCGCAGUCGUCGUGGUGGUGCUGAGGGGAUUCAUGGAGUAUUGCGACUCUGGAAAAUGUGGCUUGUUUGGCAAAGGAGGACUAAUUCUCUUUGAUGUCAGCUCAGUUUCUGUGACUUAUCAUGCAAGUGAUCUUCUUCCUGUCGCAUUGAUCGGCAUAAUAGGAGGAGUCCUUGGAAGUCUAUACAACCAUCUUUUGCACAAGAUACUUAGGUUAUAUAACCUGAUUAAUGAGAAAGGCCGAAUGGCCAAGCUGCUGCUCAGCCUGGGAGUCUCUCUCUUCACUUCCAUCUGCCUAUACCUCCUUCCAUUCCUUGCACCAUGCACGCCAUGCGAUCCCACCCUCGAUGCCACCUGCCCGACCGUAGGGCGAAGCGGCAACUUCAAGCAGUUCAACUGCCCAAAUGGCUAUUACAAUGACUUGGCAAGCCUCCUUCAUGCCACCAAUGAUGAUGCAGUGCGCAACAUAUUCUCCACGGGCACCCCGACCGAGUUCCGCCCCAUCUCUCUGCUCAUCUUCUUUGCUCUCUACUGUAUUCUGGGCCUCUUCACCUUCGGCAUUGCCGUCCCCUCGGGUCUCUUCCUCCCCAUCAUCCUCAUGGGCUCUGCUUACGGUCGCCUGCUUGGCCUAGUGAUGGGAUCUUAUACCUACAUUGAUCAAGGUCUCCACGCCGUGUUGGGCGCAGCAGCUCUCAUGUCUGGCUCGAUGAGAAUGACUGUGUCCAUCUGUGUCAUCUUCCUAGAGCUCACAAACAACCUUCUCCUCCUACCCAUGAUGAUGUUUGUAUUGCUAAUUGCCAAGACUGUUGGUGACGCUUUUAACCCAAGCAUAUAUGAGAUCAUACUUGAGCUCAAGGGACUGCCAUUCUUGGAAGCAAAUCCUGAACCAUGGAUGAGGAAUCUUACGGUAGGAGAACUUGCAGCAGCUAAGCCCGGUGUUGUAAGCCUCCGAGGCAUCGAGAAGGUGGCUCGAGUUGUUGAGGUAUUGAAAUCCACCAAACACAAUGGCUUCCCCGUUGUUGAUCAAGGGGUUCCAUCACCCGUAGGGAUGCCUGAAGGGGCAACAGAAUUGCAUGGUGUGGUCCUGAGGUCACACCUCGUUGCAGUGCUGAGGAAAAAGUGGUUCCUGCAAGAGAGGAGAACUGGAGAGUGGGAAGUGAGGGAAAAGUUUACAUCAGUGGAUCUAGCACAAAAAAAGGGGCCAAAAAUAGAAGAGAUAGUGCUAACAGAGGAUGAGAUGGAUAUGUACAUUGAUCUACACCCCUUCACAAAUGCAACACCAUAUACAGUGUUGGAGACAAUGUCAGUUGCAAAGGCUAUGGUACUGUUUCGACAAGUUGCUCUGAGGCAUUUGCUGAUUGUUCCCAAGUACCAAGGAGCAGGGAUAUCGCCUGUUGUAGGCAUUCUAACCAGGCAGGAUCUCAGAGCUCACAACAUCUUGGGUGCCUUCCCUCAUUUGGAGAAAAAAGGAGAAAAGUGAAAGUACCAAUUCCUAGUCAAAAUACUCAGUUUGCAGGGAAUCACAAUUAUUCGUUAUACUCUCUAAAAUUUUUGUUGCUACUAUUAUUCUUUCAUCUCAUAAGAAUGUUUUUCCUUUUUGUUUUUGUUGAGAUAAGAAUGUUCAAACGUAACCCACAGCUUGCAAAACCUCAGUCCUUUUCAUUCCAAAUUAUGUUAUCAAGAAGAUAUCAAACAACA